ACAAUUCACAAUUACUUCAAAAUUGUACUAAGUUUAUACUAGAGGUUGUAAAAGUUCCAGUAAUUUGUGUAAACUUGACAUAUUUCAACUUGUGAGGUCUGGAUCCCUGACUCAGACUGAUUUUUUGCUAUAUAUAGAUGCCAUCUUUACUCUUUUCAAACAACUCUUUUGAAACACGAAUUGCAAAGAGAUUGAAGAUUGGAGAUGGCUAAAUCUCGACUGAUCAGCUACAAUACCUUGGUUGCAGUCCUCUUCUGCUUUCUCCUCAUUGCUUCAAUCGAGUUACAGAUGGCGGAGGCCGUAGGAAAAAUUUGCUCGAAGCGCAGCCAGACAUGGACUGGGAUAUGCAUCAAAACUGAGAAUUGCGACAGCCAAUGCAAGAGUUGGGAGGGAGCUCAGCAUGGAGCUUGUCACAGAAGUGGCUUUGGAUUUGCUUGCUUCUGUUAUUUUAAAUGUUGAGGGAAAACUCCAUCUUUGGUUCCAUUAAAACUGUCUGUGUUUGCUGUUUCUGGAGUUACAAAAAGCUAGCUGCUGCAAAUUCCCAAGAUUUGCAGGCAGAAAAUGGGAACAAAUGCUGUACUAGGUACAACCAUGAACGUCCAGAGUAGUUUUAUUGUUGCUAAAUAAGGGUAUGGUGUUCCCGUUUGAUCUGUUUGUUAAUGUUAUUUCUUGUUAUCCUAAUAUUGGAAUAUUAUGCAAGAAUCUUAUAUUGAAUUU